UCACCCGCGCAAUGGACAAAAUAAAGGGAUAGCCAACAAAUUCUCCUUCUCUAAGUUGUCUUUUAAAACCUUGUGUGUCUUGUAUUGUUUUCUGGCUCUCCCAACCAUGGAAGGCUGGAAAGCUGGUGCCGAUGCCACACUGGCCUCCCCUGACAUCGACGCCGACACGGACGCCGACGGUCCUUUCUUCGACUUAGAGCUUGCCGUACCCGAUUCCGAAGAAGACGACACUAAUGAUAAUAACAACAGUGACUCAGCCUCAGAGAAAGAGUUCAAGUUAACGCUUUCUCCUUCAACUUCAAGCAAUGAUUUCAUCUUCAACUCCCAACCUAAUAACUCCAAGCCUCAGUUCACUGCUUCGCUGUUCAAAUCCGCCACCAAGUUACGCGUCUUCAUGUUGGGCCUCAAGAAGCUCAAGCCCAACGCCCCUGCCGCUCCAAACCUCAAGAAGAAAAAACUUUUCACCGUCAAAUUCAAGGCGGAAGAGUAUCCCAUUGUGUCCUUGUUCUCCAGAGAUAACAGCUCCAGACCCAAAGCCUCUCAGAAUCACCACACAGACGAAUCACAAUCAUCACUCUCAGAGACACUUUCUUCUGCUUCCGAGGAGAAACGCUUAAUGCGAAAGUAUUUGAAAAUGGUGAAGCCUCUGUACGUGAGGGUUUCUAGAAGGUCCGAGAAGGUCGACGUGAGUUCUCCUGAGUCCGCUGAAGCUUCUACGGUGGCGGAGAAGAUUCCGACGGUAGCAGAAGAUUCUGAAAGUGCCAACUUGAAGGGUCCGAAGCAGGGGAAUGUUGCUCUGCCUGCGGCUCUACGCAAGCAUUUAGGAAAGGGCCGUUCGGCGGCGGUGGCGGCUCCGGCACCGCCGUCGGUGUCUUCGAAACGGCGUGAUGAUUCACUUUUGCAGCAACAUGAUUGGAUUCAGGGUGCUAUUUUACACUGCAAAAACUCCUUCAAUGCUUCUACCGAAUGCGAGACUUCUCAGCUGCCACGAUCAGUGAGCGACAUAUCUCCUGAACUAUCUGAAAAUUCUAAAGAAUGACAAGUGCCUUUGAGAUAUAAUAUAAUCAAGUUUCAUUGUCUCAAGGACCGAAGGAAAAUGUUACUACGUCAGACCCAUUGUGAUGGUGCUUUUGGGAGGAAGAAGGAGAAAAAAAAACAUGUGAAAGUGACAAUAGUUGUUUGGCUAGGGUGGCUCGUUUUUCCUUAGUAAUUUUAUGUGUAUUUAUGUAUGUAUAUUGUAAAGCUCUUCUUUCUGAGAGAGUGAAAGAAAGAAGAAUCGGAUCUUUUUUAUGUAGUAUGGUACCACAGACACCACUUUUGAAACAACAGUGCAAUAGAAGUGAAAAAUUAGGUUUCGCCAAUUCUA